CGGCCGUGCGGAGUCGUAUCACAGAAUUGAUUUCAUUCCAUAGAGUAAUGUUUCAUUCAUAAUCAUAUGAUGGUCGUGUAACCGGUUAUCAAUGGCGAACCAGGGUAUAGACGAAAACUUGGAGCAUACGCGGGUGUUACGGGUGAUAAGUGAUAAGCGAGAAAACUGGAGAAGAAAAUCAGACACCGUACAUCAGUACAAUAUCGCCGCAGACGAAGUUGACUGUCGAGUGACGAGGAGUUGCGUCCGACGUCAAUCAAAUAACAACAACAAUAACACCAAUAAUACACGUACGAGCAUCAGCAGUUGUAAUAGUGACAAUAACUAGUAAAAAGUUCGUCGGGCCGCCGCGAGUCUUCUCGCGCAAGUUUCCGUCGCUGCUGCGGCUUCUCGGCCGACUGCCGAGUCAGGUCGGCACGGAAGUUGCGUGCGUGAGAUCUGCGCCCGUUUCGGUAUUCACGGCAAUGCGCCUCGCCGGCCAAUCGGUGUUUGGUCAACGUUUGUUCAGACGUGUUACCCUAUGCGUGUCCGCCACCGUCGCGGAUUGAACCCCGUCCACCUGUCCGGGUAAUGGUCUCUAACCAUGGGCGCGCAGCAGACCAAGGAUCGCGCCCUGACCUCGGGAUCGCUGACCGUGCGCAGCAUCAGGUCCAAGCCGCGGUUUUCCAACGUCAAAGACGGCAAGAACCAAGGGCUGAACAUAUUCACCGAACACAGUGAAGCGUUAUUACAAAGUCGACCUUUACCUCAUAUACCAGAUCUUCCUGAUGGCGAUCCUCCUGGAACCAUUCCUUCAGGGGGUGGAAGUUCCGGUGGUUCUAUUGGUGGAACAAUUUCAAGCAACUUAGAAUCAUCAAUUCGAUGGACAUCAAAAGAAAACUUAUUGCAAUCCCAAGAAGAUGAUGAUCCACAGUUAUUUGUUGCUUUAUAUGAUUUUCAAGCUGGCGGUGAUAACCAACUUAGUCUUAAAAAAGGAGAACAAGUUCGUAUUUUAUCUUACAACAAAAGUGGUGAAUGGUGUGAAGCACAUGCAUCACCAGGACAAGUUGGUUGGGUACCAUCAAAUUAUGUUACACCCGUUAACUCAUUGGAGAAACAUUCUUGGUAUCAUGGUCCUAUAUCAAGAAAUGCGGCUGAAUAUUUGCUUAGUUCUGGAAUAAAUGGUAGUUUUUUGGUCCGGGAGAGCGAAAGUUCUCCUGGUCAAAGAUCUAUUUCAUUAAGAUAUGAAGGACGUGUUUAUCACUAUCGCAUUAAUGAAGAUACUUCUGACGGAAAAGUGUAUGUGACUACUGAGAGUCGUUUUAAUACUCUUGCUGAAUUAGUUCAUCAUCAUUCAAUGCAUUCUGAUGGUCUUAUUACACAACUAUUGUAUCCAGCUCCUAAACAUAACAAGCCUACAGUGUUCGCACUUAGUCCUGAACCUGAUGAGUGGGAAAUUAAUCGGACGGAUAUUGUUAUGAGACACAAACUUGGUGGUGGACAAUAUGGUGAUGUUUAUGAAGCUGUUUGGAAACGAUAUAAUAUGACUGUAGCAGUAAAAACCUUGAAGGAAGACACAAUGGCACUUAAAGAUUUUUUAGAAGAAGCAGCCAUUAUGAAGGAAAUGAAACAUCCAAAUUUAGUUCAAUUGCUAGGUGUUUGUACUAGAGAACCACCAUUUUAUAUAAUAACAGAAUUCAUGAGUAAAGGAAAUCUAUUGGAUUAUUUACGGCAAGGCAAUAGGGAAAAUAUUAAUGCAGUUGUGCUCAUGUAUAUGGCCACUCAAAUAGCUAGUGCGAUGAGUUAUUUAGAAAGUCGCAUGUUCAUUCAUAGGGAUUUGGCUGCACGUAACUGUCUUGUUGGAGAAAAUCAUCUUGUUAAAGUUGCUGAUUUUGGUCUGGCCCGAUUAAUGCGGGACGACACAUACACAGCACAUGCAGGUGCUAAAUUUCCUAUAAAAUGGACUGCGCCUGAAGGCUUAGCUUAUAACAAAUUUUCAACCAAAUCUGAUGUAUGGGCGUUUGGUGUUUUACUGUGGGAAAUUGCAACGUAUGGUAUGUCACCAUAUCCCGGAGUUGAUUUAACCGAUGUUUAUCAUAUGCUAGAAAAAGGAUACAGAAUGGAUUGUCCACCUGGGUGUCCACCAAAUAUAUAUCAGCUAAUGAAACAAUGCUGGCAGUGGGCUCCAAACGAGAGGCCUUCUUUUAAAGAAAUCCAUCAUGCUCUGGAAAAUAUGUUUCAAGAAUCCAAUAUUAUUGAAGAGGUGGAAAAACAGUUACAAGGGAGCUCAACGCCCCAACUAUCACAUAAAAAAUCUCACGGAAAUAGUUCUAAUAUUAUGGGUACCUCUUUGGAGUCAAAUGAAGCAAUUACACAAGUUGAACGUAAUUUGUCUACAUUUGGUGGGCCAGUGGUUAAAGGAAGCCUUGUGCAAUUACGACGCCCAACAAAUAAACGUGGGAAAACAGCACCGGCUCCCCCGAAACGUACCAGUUUGUUGUCGUCGUGCAGUUCGUUUAGGGAUUCACAUUAUGGUGGUCCAGUAAUGGCUGAUCAAAAUGAUGCAGCCAUGUCUCUUCCUCCUCAACAUUUUUUUGAAGACUUUCCACCAAACGGAAUUACCAAAGAAUUGCACAAUGUUGUGAACAGUCUAGCCGAUAGCGAUGGUGCUAGCGAGGAAAGUGCCGAACCGGCGGAAACCGAAAACGAGUGUACCCACAUACCGCAACUGAACCGAGUGCACCGCGGUUCCCUGACCAAAAAGACGUCCAAACACCAAGCGUCGCACCCACUUUACCAAAGAGACACUGGAAACCUGGAUACACCAAAGGUCGCGGCACUUGAAGUACAGAACGUGAAGCGCGCCAUCAAUCGGUACGGCACGUUGCCGAAAGGGGCGCGCAUCGGCGCUUACCUGGAGUCGCUGAGGCACGGGAACGGCGAGUCGGCCGAGACGAGCACCGCCAAGCCGCCGGCCAGCCUGCACCGCAGCACCAACAUGCCGUUGCGCCGGCCCUUCCAGCAACCAGGUAAUAUGACUAGAAGUAACUCGUCGACGAAUUUUCAGCCUUCGUCACCACGGACGGUCCGCGCCCAACCGCCGCCGCCGAACCUUGCGGACCUGGAGUUCCCGCCGCCACCGCCUCCCGAAGACCUCGACCACGAGGAGAUGUCCACGUUCCGAUUCGGCGUGAGUCUCAGGCACAGGGAACCGUCGACUGACUCGUGCAACAGCGCCAAAUCGGAACCGGCCAGACUGAAGUGCGUGGCGGCGGCGCGCAAGGACAGGUUGCAGAAUCAUCCGGCCGAGCACAACAGCAAACCGGCGUCAGCUGCAGCCGUUGUCGUCGUCGAACCGUCGCCCGUGAUGUCGAAAAAGAACAUCGCGGUCGCCGAAGUGUCGCCGUCGUCGGACGAAGAUGCCGCCGGUAGAGACGUGAAAAGUCUCGUACCGGACAUCAUGAAGGAAAUGAUGGAACUGAAACAUCACUCCGCGGCCGGCGACAAGAAGCAGACGACCGCUGCGAGCAAGGACGAUCAGCAGCGGCCCAUGUCUCCGGUCGAUUUCAAAACCAGUCUCAGGAAAGUGCAGGUCGCCAAAGACGACCGCGACCAGCAUCACCUGCUGCACCAUAAUCACCAGCAGCAGCAGCAGCAGUUGCAGCGCAUCGACAACAACAUCGCGGAGAUCAAAUCGCAGUUGAAAAAGGUGAAAAUCGACGAGAAAAAAGACGGCGGCGCCGGUGAGUUGGUCGAAUCUACCGGUGACGGCGGCUGCGGUGACGGCGACGACAAGCGACGGAGCACCGGCAGCAUAAGCAGUCUGAAGAAACUGUGGGAGGGUGAAAGCCCACCGUCGGAGGUCGCGGUGCCGGCGACGGCGAAGGAGAGACGCGUCUGGCCGCCUCCGCACGACGACAAUCGACCGGCCGUACCGGUGAAGCCGUCAUCGGCGGCGGCAGCCGCUGCCGCCGCCGCCGCCAAGUCGUCCACCACCUCCACCAAUGUCAACAAGUCGAACGCGAUAUACGCGACGCCGGGCGCCGCGUCGCCGUCCAACAUCUUGGAACAGUGGCAGACGGUGGACAGCAGUCUGCGGGCCCUGCGCGCCGCGCCCGCCGUCACGUCGGCCGGAUGGCUGUCGCUGUCUGACAAGGUGGGCGGCUUCCACACUUCGUGCCUCAAUUAUGCCGACACGGCCGCACCGCCGAACCUCAGGUUCCACCUGCGCGAGCUGCUCAACAGAUUGGAAUCGCAGUCCCGGCAGAUGCGGUCCGCGGGUGGUGGCCGCCAGCAGGCCGACCACUCGACCAUAUUCCAGACGCUGGACGGCACCCUCAAGGACAUACUAAACGUCAUACAGAGAUAGAACUCGCCUGCCCGCAGUCGCCAGUCGCCACUGAGCCGCCGCCACUGAGUGUGUAGUCUUAUUGUUCUACACGCAGCAAACACUUACUACCUUACUACCUAUAUACCUAUAAUAUAUAAUAUAAAUAUUGUGUAUUUACCUACACGCUUGUUCUGCGGAAAUACCGCUCUGGCGCCGUGGCGUCACAUUCCUUUAACGAUAUAUAUAAUAUUCUAUUCUAUACGAAAUUAUUUAUUAUUUUUUAUGAUUAUGAUUAUGGUUAUUAUUAUUAUUAUUAUUAUUAUUACUAUUUUGAGGUUUGACUGUACAGACAUAAUAUUAUACUUUGUCUUAUUUGAAUAAUAUUCGUCGAAAACAAAAACAAAGUGUAUACCUAACAUACCUAACCUAAACAUUUUGCAUUAUAUAAUAAUAAUAUGUUUAUGUUACCUAUGUAAUGUGUGCAACAUCGAUGUUAGCAGAUUUGUCUUUUUUUUCCAUAUUUGUUGCGGAUGGUCGUCUACAACGUCCAGGGGUAAAUUUCACUCUCGUUUUCACCGUCGUGGAAUUAUUAUAAUAUUUUAUAUUUCUCUAUUAUUGAUCUGAUCGAUUUUAGAUUGUAGUCUACAAGCGAACGUAUUUUUUUAUUAUUCUUAUUAUAUUAAUUAUUAAGUAUAUCGCCUCUGCGUUGUCGCAUAGCUAGCUGUCGUCCUCCUUGAUCACAAAGUUUCCAAUAAUAACGAAAAUAUUUCGAUUUCUUGCGCUUUUUUCUGUGUUGAUCAGGACAAAGAGACACUACUUUACCUUUCGCGAUUAUCAAGCUAUCAGUUUUUCGGUAAAAAAUAUAAUUAAAAUAAUAAUUUGUACUGACUUUGGCAUUGCAUACAAAUUACAAUCAUAGAAAAAUAUUGUCUACAAUAUAUUAUAACAUUAUUAUUAUGUAUACAUUUUACUCUAGAAAUCAUCAUCAUUCCACUGGUGUGUAGCAAAAACGAGUCCUAUGCCCCCCACCGACUGGUCUCCUAAGGGACUUCGGUUCUAUUACGAAGUUCCAAGUCUACUCAUAGUCGUCCUUCGUUAAACGCAUUCCGUUGUGUUAGGAAUUUGAACCACACAUAAUAAUAUUAUAUAUAAGUGUAAUUACGAACGUAGAGGUGGUCCCCAAUAAUAAAAAUAAUAUGUAAAUUAUAUAAUAAUAAUAAAAUCUUUACACGUAUAUUUUUUAUUGCUUUUGACGGGUUUUCUGAAGUGUUCCCCGACCUCGUGUCGUGCCAAUUUUUUUCUGACCUAUCGUGACCAAUUCUUGUGGGUUAGGUAAGUAAGCUAUAACCCGACCCCAUGGUUUAUUCAUAUUCAUCUUAUUAUUAUUAUAAAAAUAAUGAUCCACUUACGAUAUAAUAAUAUAUUUGUUAUCGACUGCAGUAAAGUAGUAUUCAUGUCCCAAACCCCGAGUGGCUGUACUCUACUUAUAAAUUGGUUUUUACUUACUCGUUCGCGUUGACAGAAAUUUCUGUAAGCAGUAAUGUCGACACACAAUGAUUUUAAUAAUUUAUUUUACCUACCUAUUUGUAUUUUUCUUUUCACAUGUUUGGUCUCGACGACUUCUUAUUAUAUUCUGAACGACCUAACAGCUAGCGUUUGUAUGUGUGUGUGUGUUUAUUUCGUGGCUAUUUUUUUUUACUUUUUUUAUAUUUCUACCUAAACAAUUAAACUGCCCAUAUUUUGUUGCUCAAUGAUUUGUUAAUUUUUACCAUACCUGUAAGAUGAUUACACCACGAUAUCGAUUUAUAUAAUAUACCUUCCCCUCUGUGUUUUUUAUGUGUAUGAUUUUUUUUUAUUAUUUAUUAUUAUUAUUAAUUAAUUAAUUAAUUACAUAUUUAACCCCGCCCCCCUUACACUCCCUUGUUCACCCGUAAUGUUCGACACGUGUAUCGUCAAUGAAUCGUACGCCCACUUCUUAUUGUAAAAAUGCGGUUUUCGAGUCUUUGAUCAAUGUAAUAUUUAAUAUAUUCAAUUAUAUAUAUAAAAAAAAAUUGAAAAGACUGAAAUGAUUUUGUCCACUGGUAGGCCUUUAUAAAUUAUUAAUACUGCGAUAGUAUACACAUGAUAUGUUCGUCGCAGUAUUAUGUGCGUAAGAGAGAAAAAAAAUAUCUUUAAAUAUAUAUUAUGUAUACCUACGUACCUAAUCAUAUAUAAUAUAUAUAUAUAUAUAUAUAUGUAUAUAUAUAUAUUAUAACUGUAUAAUAUUAAAAUUAUAAAAAUGUUUCAUUUUAAAAUACUGAUCUAGUCUUUAUAUAGUAGUAGGUUAUAUUUAUUUUUUUCGUAUCCAAAAUGCACGUUAUACCUAAAUAUUAUAUUAUUUUCUAAUUUCUAUUAAUGAAUAUUAAGAUGUUGUACUGUUUUAGCGCUCCGUCUUGAUACACGUCUUACGUCUAUUAUAUUAUAUUAUAUUAUUAUAUUAGGUAUAUAGAACUUGCUUCGUGGAUGCGAACGCAAAACAUUUAUUACAACGAUAUUAUUUUAUUUUAUAAAUCAAUAAUGUAUGUUAAUAUAAUAUAUAUAUAAACAAAAAAAAAAUAGUGAGUACUAUAAAUACUAUUGACAAUGUUACGAUUAGAAAUAAAUGUAAUUUUUAUAAUAUUUAAA